AGACCUAGCGAUACUUGCUCAAACGUUGUUAUCCACUCGCCUUGUCAAGCCCAUGGCGGACCAUGCGAUUGUACUCUACGGCCAAACGCAGACAGGAAAGUCGACUUUUCUGAACCAAGUGCUUGAGCCAGGGCAACAAGGUGUUUCCACAGGGGAUGGCUCUGGAGAAUCUGUCACGAUCAACACUUCCCUGCGCACGACUUCCAUUGGACCCGUGGUGGAUGGGCCUGGCAUCAAUGACUCCAUGCUAGGGUUUCGCUGGGCAGCUGCAGUGGCGGCUGCGAAUGCUGAACGCCUGAAGGUCCUUGUUUUCGAGAGCUUGGCUGCACCAGCAAUACAACUCAGGACUACUUUGGCAUCUCUAGUUGCUGCUUUCGCCGCUUCUAUUCUCCCGGGAGUAGUAGUGGUCGCCUCACAAGCCGACUUGCGCGUGGGGCGGGCACGUGAGGUGCGUGUGCAGGCAUUGCGUGCAGCUAUGGCAGAGCAGAGCAUCAAUGAGCUGGUGUUGUGGCAGCAUGCCGAGUCCUUGGACGAGGCCGAAACGGACGCACAAGUGGGAGUGCUUGAAGCUGCCCUUGAACGAGUGCCAGGUGUGUCCACAACUCAGUUGGCAGAUCUCUGGCAGAGGCAGCGGCGUCGAGCACAGGAGCUUUGCGAUCGUCAGUCUCCGCGCACACGAGAGGUGCAGGUUGAGGAAUCGUUUGCUGAGCCAUACACCGAGCAGGAAGACUAUGAUGAGCAGGAACCCUACACCCAUCACGAGCACUAUUCUGUCUCUGUGCCAUACUCAGAGGAGGAACAGUACGAAGAGAAUGAGCCCUACACCACCAUUGAGAAGCAAGCGGUGCCAGUGGAAGUGACUCACACCGGGAAGACUUGGUAUGGUAAAAAGAAGCGCCGGACCACAUUGGAAACCAAGUGGGUGGACGUGGAAGUGCAAAAGCUCAGGCCAGUCACCCGCACUCGCACAGUGACAAAGUAUAGAACAGAGGAGAGGACGAGGCCAGUGACACUAUACCGGACCGUGACGAGGCAGAGAGCUGUGACGAAAUACCGCACUGCAACUCGCACGGUGCCCCGCACAGUGCAGUACACACGGCCAGUGACGGACUUCUAUCAAACAGCUUUGGGGCAGAUUGUGGAGGAGGUCCGGGCCACCUUUCGUGCGCAGUGAUUCCUCUGAAGAAAUAGGCCGUGGAAUGGCAGGAUAUCUGGAAGAAGCAGCUUGGUGCAAGCAGUAUUCCAGACCCGGGACUCCACACCGACUGAGCGCUAAAAUGCAGUUGCAUUAUGUAUUGCAAACUUUUAGUAAAUCUAGACUCUAGACAUCGCAUCUAACUGCCUUGUUCGCAACAAAUGCUUCUGCGAGAAGCUUUAGUCGCACUUUCCUCCAUGCUGAGAGCACAGCCUUCAGCACGUUGAGGCUUGUGACACGAUGGAAAGAAAGAGCUGACAACACCAUGCUUAUGCUUCUGCAGAUGCAAAGCUAGUGUCUC